AUGGGUCUCCCUACUUACUCUGAGGCAACUACCUCAACAACCACAUCUUCUCAAACCCCGCAACAAGAGCAGAACAACACAGGAGUUGCCACAGGCGCUGGCGCGAACACCGGCGCUGGCGCGAACACCGGCGCUGGCGCGAACACCGGCGCUGGCGUGACAAGACCAAAGACUGAGGAAGAGAAAGAGGCUGAUCGACUUUAUGAAGAGGCCAUGGAGGAGGAGUAUGCUAAGCGUGAUGGAGGUUCUUAA